AUGACCACCUCGGAGGUCGCUUAUACUGAUUCACAGAAAUCUACAGCCGAUAUACAUGGUGUUGAAACCGAGUUCCCUGAAGUCAUCACCAACGCCAAACCACCCCUUCAGUUACCCUCCCAGACAUGGGCUUCAAACACGGAAACCCUCAAAGGCACCAUAAUCAUUACAGGGGCCAACGGCAGCCUUGGUUCGGCUCUUGUCCGUCAUGUAUUCUCCUCGCCGAACCUCGCAGACGAUUAUUACGGGGUCUAUACUGUUCGAAGACUUGAAACGGCAACAAAUCUCGAAAAGACACUCACGCACGCACCUGUCACUCACAAGCAUGAGUCUAUUGCGUUGGACCUGUCUAGGCUCUCGGAAGUUCGUGCGGUUGCUGAUUCUAUAAACAAGCGUGUCUCCGAGGGAUCUUUACCCCGGAUACGCGCUUUGAUUCUCAAUGCUGGUUACCAAGAGUUCACUACGCAAAACUUCUCAGAAGAUGGCUUUGAUAUGUCUUUCCAAUGCAACUACCUCUCACACUGGUUGUUAACGCUGAUGCUGCUUGGUUCAAUGGACAAAGAGCAUGGCAGGAUUGUUGUUAUCGGCAGUAAUACGCAUGACCCAUAUGAUCCACGCAACAAGUCGAUUGGAAUGUUCGAGGGCGAACAAUGGAAAAUACUUUUUCAUGACGCGGAAUCUCUGGCAAAAGGUACUUGGAGCACUCCAAAAGAUGAUCCUACCCUUAAAGCCGGGCUCAGAAGAUACAGCGCCGCGAAACUUUGUCAAGUGAUGAUGAUCUAUGAGCUUCAGAGGCGUCUCAACACUGAUCCUAGCCUAUUUAAUAUAUCUAUUUUGGGGGUCGAUCCCGGGGGGAUGCCUAGUAAUCUGACAAGGCGAGGAUCCUUUUCCAUGAUCAUUCUUAUGAAAACUGUUAUUCCGUUGCUUGCAUUCAUUCUCGUCAGGUUGUCUCCGAACGGCCCCUUGCGAACCACAACGAAAUCGGCCAAGGAUGUCGUUGGAGCCGCUUUCGACACACAAACCAUUGGUGAGCAGCCCAAAAAUGUGUACCUUAAUGGAUCGGAGUUUUCCCAGCCGGGCGCGGAGGCGAGAGAUGUUGAAAAGCAAAGUUUGCUUUGGCAUGACAGUGCCAAGUUUACUAAGUUGAAUAAGGACGAGACCGCCCUGCUUAACUGA